AUGUCCGUCACUCUCUUUUGUAUUUUUCAAGGAGCCUCAGAAGCCUCAGAAGCCUUUCCUGUCGAUAUUAACAGGAGCUUGACUGUUGGUCAUCUCAAGGACGCGAUAAAGGCAAAGAAACCAAAUGAUUUUGCUGGUAUCGACGCCAAUAAACUGAAGCUUUGGAAGGUAGAAAUCCCGUCCAAUCACAAGGAUCUUAUCCAGGGACAACUUGUACUAGACGACGAGUUACUGGCGGUAGAUGAAAUCCAAGAACACUGGACCGCACCGAAAAGCAAGCAUAUCCAUAUAAUCAUUGGGAUUCCUCUUGUGACGUUGACUAACUUGUGCUUUUCUUUCUUGCUCAACACCGCUCAAGUUAUCGCAGAAUCACGCGUUGAAACUGAUGAUUCGGGAAGUAUAAUGAAAAAGAUCGAUCAACUGAGAACAAAGAAUGAUCAACUGGAAACAAAGAUUGAUCAACUGGGAACAACUUUAGGUGAUGUAUAUGAAUUGUCGGCACGUUCCGAAGCGUCAAAAAUCCACGGUCCACAUUAUACUUCGAAAUUUGAGAUUGUUGAUCUUAACGGAUUGGUGAGGCUUGCGUUACCGCGAAAAAUACUUCCAUCCGAAAGUCCAAAGUAUUCCUCUCAGGCAUUUGUUUCGUCAUAUCGGGUUCAUAAACUUUCAAACUAUAUUUAUGUAAAUCGAAUGCGAGAAAAACUUGAAUCAUCAAUAAAAUUUAUCCGCACACUACCAAUUAGUGAUAGCGAUUACAUCAAAAAUCUUUAUAAUCUUGCAGAAAAAGCGGGUGUUGCUCUUAAACAGUGGCGUUCUCAUGAACAUAAUUCAACAUCAUCCAAUAACAAAUUGUAUUUGGCAAACACGCCCUCAUUGGGAAUUAUGUUAAUGACGUCGUAUGUAUUAGACGCGGAAAAGGCAAUCGAAAAUAACCAGGCACCUUUCAAUACAGUUUUAGACGUUGAUUUUCGCGGAAGAACAUGUGGUUCUAAUAUGUCAGACAUGACAGUUGAAUUGGGUGAGAUUAAGCUAUCAAGUGGAAGUAAAGCGAUAAAGAAGGCCUAUCGACAGUUAUUAUUACGGUUGGCGGUUCUUGGCUUUGUAAUUGAAGCAAUGGGUGAUGAUUUUAAAUGUAAUCUAAUUGGAAAAAUAUUUGUUCCGAGAACCUCUGAAAUUGAGAUCCAAUCCAGUUGGAAAGAUGGCAUCACAUUCCCCAGUUCCACUAAUUGUCAUGUAGAUAUCGUUGUAAUAGGAGAAAAAUACUAG